GUCUCUAAACAGCUGCAAUAGAGACAGAGAGCAAGAGUUAGGGAAGUAAGUAAAGUUAAAGAUACUCUAUACAAAGCAAGAGAGGAAAAGGAGGACACAAAUUUUGAAACUGGAUGUUCAACAAGGACUGACAGGUGAAAUCCCACAUUUGGAAAAUGGUCCGUUCUUUACAGAGGUGGCUCAGUGACUACCUGGCAGAGCGCCGGCUUUGCAAAAGCCGUUUGGUGACCAAAGAUGGGCACUGCAACAUUGAGUAUGGAAACAUUAAAUAUCAGAACCAUUUAGCCUAUGUUCUCGAUCUCUGGACAACAAUUGUGGAAAUUCGUUGGCGUUUCAUUAUCAUUUUAUAUGUGGCUUCCUUCUCAAUGAGCUGGUUCAUUUUUGGUUUGAUAUGGUACUGGAUUGCCCGAGACAAUGGAGAUCUGACAUGGCAGAACCCACCAAAUGGCCACAUACCAUGUGUGGACAACGUCUAUGGUAUGACCUCGGCGUUCCUCUACUCGCUAGAGACCCAGACCACCAUAGGGUAUGGAGGACGUGCCAUCACUCCACUGUGUCCAGGCGCAAUUGCCCUCCUCAUCAUACAGUCCAUCAUAGGUGGACUUAUCAGCUGCUUUUGGUGUGGUGUUGUCAUGACCAAGAUCGCUCUUCCCAAGAAGAGGGCCAAAACCAUCAACUUCAGUGAGGCAGCUGUCAUUUGUCCUAAGAAUGGUACACUGUGUCUUCAAAUCCGUGUGGCUAACCUUCGCAAGACCCUCAUGAUUGGUAGCCAGAUCUACGGCAAGUUGCUGCGGACAACCAUAACCCCUGAAGGGGAGGCCAUUAUUUUAGACCAGGUCAAUAUCGAUUUCAUGGUUGAGUCUGGAAAAGACAAUCUGUUUUUUGUCUGUCCCUUAACUCUUUAUCAUGUCAUUGACAAGUCCAGCCCAUUCUUUGCAAUGGCGGUGGAUACAUUACAUCAGCAGGACUUUGAGUUGGUUGUCUUCUUGGAUGCCACAGCAGAGUCCACUAGCUCCUCUUGUCAGGUCAGAACUUCAUAUAUCCCACAGGAGAUCAUGUGGGGCUACAAGUUCCAAUCCAUUAUCUCCCGGAGGAAGGAUGGGAGAUACCAUGUAGACUUCUCCAACUUUUCCAAGGUUGUGCCUGUGCCAACUCCACACUGUGGCUACUGCUUUCACAAUGAAAAGGGCCACCAUCACCAUAACAGGAAUUGGACUGAAACCACGGGAUUUGAGGUCAUUGACAUCAAUGAACUAGAUCAAGGCACCAAAAUGUGAACUUAAUAUACAUAUAAGUAGUGAACUUAAUAUACAAAACUGGACACAUUUGACUUCUACAAAACUGGACACAUUUGACUUCUACAAAACUAGAAAUCCAUUUGAGGCCAAUAAGGCCUUUCUUUAUGUCAUUUGCAGUGUUUCUGAAAUUUGUUUCACAAUGUCAGAUUUUCCUUAAUGUACAGAUUUUACAAUCAAUGGUCUCCUACAUGAUAAAUCAAUAUGUGCUUUUCAAGAAAAUGAAAAAGGGUGCUUCUUUCAUUCAAAACUGUGGUGUGAACUGAUGUAUUUAUAUUUUCAACUCUUUGUAAAAAUUGUACAUAAAUAUAUUGUUUCAUUCAACAUUCAUUGGUUGAUCAGUGAUCAGUAAAAGUAUUGUAG